GGGGCUGAGUUUCAGGUUUACGAAGCAAAGAAUCACCUCUUAUGGAAAGGUUCAUAGCCGAUGAAUUAGCUGCUCGAAACGUAGGUUAUUUUCAUCUAUCGUAAGUUUAGACCAUUUCCUCUGAACAAGCGCUCUUUGGAUUUCUGUGUAUUUUUGUACUCGAAGAUUUUAACGCGAAGUGCAGUGAAGUACUCGUUCGAACGUUCAUAGUUCUUCUUUUUAACUUAUCAACUAAAUGACUGGGUAUCUUUCAUUCUCAGGAGGGAUAUGAUAAUUUAAUAAACUACUCUUGAAAUAUUAGUAUAGCUUUACUUGCCGAUCAGACAGUUGCAACGGAUUGAGGAAGAUUGAAAAAACUACGAACUUGAGGCAUUUGCAAAAAGUGCUUCGUAUGAGAGGCAGUCACAAUCAGUGUCAGAUCCCAAAGGAGAGUAGUACUAUAAAAAAUAAGUUGUUUAGGGGGGGGGGUAGGAGUGUAGUGUGAUUCCAGAUUUCACAUGAGGUUAAAUUUUUUUCCACAUAAUGGUUAUUGUAGCAUUUACAUACUAAACUCAGAUCAUAUUAAUGCAGAUAUAAAAAGUUAAGGUUUAGAAGAGCAAUGCUCUUCAUAUCCUUUUUUGUUAAAGAAAGUGGAUUUCUGGGUGAUUGUGAAGAACAGCUCCCUGCAAACACACAUCCACAGACUGUUGAUCAACAGAUGACCAACAGGCUACUGACAGGUGACUGACAGGUUACCAAUUGGUAAUAUACCCAAGAACUAACAUCCAAAACAAAACUUUUAUAAUUGCACUUUAUGUAAGCUUAAAAUGUUGAACUUACUCUGAUAAGUUAAAUCACUUGUGAUGAGUUGAUAUCACAAUAAAGUGACAUCAUUUCUGCUGUGAUCUCUCAAACAAAGGGGCAUUUCAAAUCAAGUUCUGUAUACAUUGUAGAACCUUUAUCUGUUGUUGAAUGGCUGGCUGUUGCUAAGAGGUUAUUUUUGUCAGUGAAGGAUGGACAAUGUAAAAGGGUACUAUUUUAUUUACUUUUUAAAGUAAACCUGCAGAUCAGGGCACACCCACAUUAAGACCAUAAAUACAAUGUUUUUUAUUACAGUUGAGCUAUCUUACAUCUCAGGGCAGUUAAAAUAUUUCUAGCAAUCAUGGUUGAAUGAGUUAAACUGAGUAAAUUGUCCAAUAAUGUCCCUGAUGUAGAUGUAUAACUUAAUUUAUGAUCAAUUCCUCAUUUAUUUUCAGUAUAAAGAAUUCUUACAGCUGUACAACAAGCUUACUCAGAACUGUUUUAUUGCUUGUGUGACAAAUAUGAAUUAUCGUAAAGUUACUGCAGAAGAGGUGAGAAUGAAUCUUAAAUCCCUUUCUGUGACAAGAGCAGUAAGUCUGUGUUGGUCUAAUGGGGUGCAAUGCAUGGUAUUUAAAUACCAAGAAAAGGAGCAUUUUUUUUUACAUUCAUUCUUGUGCGUUGGUUAACUUGAGAUGUAAUCAGAUACGGUCCAAAAAUCUUUUGUUGACCCCACUCAUCACCUACUGCAUUCAAGACAACUGAUUUCAUGCAUCUAGCUUUUACACGCCUUUCAUUUGUGGCUUGUUUCAUAGAAUAGUGCCAAGUUCUCCAAUGGAAACAUAAUCAUCCAAAAAUGCCUAUCUUGCUCACUUAAACUUUUGAAAAAUGUUUCAGAAAAAUACAACUUGACUUCAUGUUUUCUGAAUGAUGGCCAUAGACCAAAAUUCACCAAGAUUUGACCACUUCCAAUAUACUCUGCUCAGGACUUUUUAAAAUUAUAAUUUGUUUUUAUCAGGAAUCAUGUAUUGACACGUGCAGCACAAAAUGGAUGAAUCUCAAUCAACGCCAGAUGGCAGUAUUCAUGGAGGUUGGGCCCCUGGCAGAUAAGAAGAUGGGUCAGUCUGUAGGCCAGGGGAUGUGACAUUUCAUUUAAGAUGGAACAAAUCUCAUUGUAAAUAAGAGUAAAGGUCAACCUGUGUAUUCCUCUGCCUGAUUUGCUAUCUUUUUGCUAAGAGUAUGUUGCACUGAAGCCAUGUUUUUUUAGAAACAAGCUUAGUGGACAAGAUUUCUAGAUUCUGGAAGCUUUGGUUGAAUUAUCAGUAUUAUUUUAUAUGAAAGCAUAAAAAAAGAAAGAAAUGCACAAAACAGGGUCAUACCAAGAAGAAACAUGGCUAGAGCUAAAAAUAACAUAUCUUUAAGAGUUAUUGUUUGAGAGAAAUGAAUGCAGUAAGUGAAGAAAAAGCUGGAAAGGCAAGACAAACAAAAACAAGAGUUAAAAUUUAAUUUUGGUAUAAAUUGAAUUUAACAAGAGUUUAGAAAUAAUGUUCCAUUCACCUCUUACCUGAGGCAAAGAGUGAAGAAACAGAAUCAGCUUCCAAUUCUUCAUUUUAAGUACAAACUUAAAACAUAAACCAGAAGAAAUGAGAAUAAAGUUCUCUUUUUUUUCAGUUUGUGUACAAACAAACAAAGGAAAAACUUUUGUUUUAUGUCUCAUGUGCAAAGAGAUACCAAAAAAAAAACAAAAUUCAAUAAUAUUUGAAAAUAGUGUUUUUGGUUGUAUGUGCAAACUUCAAGAAAAAAAAGGAAAAUCAGCUUCCAUCUUAUUGUUUCUAUUCUAACUGUUAAGUGCCUUUGAAGGAAUAUAUAGCAAUGCAAAGUGACAGAGGAGCGGUGAGGUAGGCCUGUCAAUAAGAGAGUCAGGGCACAUUUGCAGUUCAAGCUGGAACUUUAGACCAGUAAAGCUGGUGUUAACUCAAAGUGACUCUUUGUAGUGGGA